GCGGCUGCGGUGGCGGCAGCGGCGGCCCCCCCUUCCACACGCACGCCCGUGAUACUCUUUUUUUCACAUUGAACACCUUUGCGCUCACAGUUCAGUCUCAGUCAGUGCGGUGUGUACCAGUUGCUCUUUCCCUGCGGAAGUUUCAGCAUCGACCUGGGCGGCAACGGCACACCAUGAAGCGGACUACUAAAAUUAGAUCUCCUCACCUGUUGUGCUGUCGCUGCUGUUAUUGUUGAAUCGGCGCGGCGGAGUGCACGCUGCUUCGCUGCCGCUCAUGUCGACGGCGGACUUUCGCUUGGCAAAUUGAUUUUCCAUUAUGGAGCUCAUUGUCGAGGAGCGGCUCAAGCAAUGCACCGAGAGUCCCGACGUCGUAAAAAAUUCAUCAAGCCCGGCUGAGGCGCGAGCAGAAGGCGAUGACGGAAGACUUUUUUGCCCUCAAGUCUUCGACGGCUGGUCAUGCUGGGCGAAAACGGCGGCUGGCGGCGUGGCUGAAACGGCCUGCCCUGACUUCAUAACAGGAUUUGACCCCUCCAGACUGGCUCACAAAGUUUGUAAUUCGAACGGAACGUGGUUUACACACCCAGAAUCUGGCAAACCCUGGUCAAAUUACACCACUUGUGUCAAUUUAGAGGACCUUGAGUGGCGACGUCAGGUUACUAAAAUUUACGAAACUGGCUAUGCAAUAUCAUUGGCAGCUAUAAUAGCAUCGCUUUUCAUUUUUAUCUAUUUCAAGUCGCUGCGAUGCACGCGCAUCAUGCUGCACAUAAAUCUAUUCAUCUCAUUCGCAACCAACAAUGCGCUGUGGAUCCUGUGGUACAGACUGGUAGUAGAACAGCCGUCCGUGUUAUCAGAUAAUGAGGUCGGAUGUGCCCUUCUCCACAUAAGUCUCCAUUACUUCCUGCUCUCCAACUACUUCUGGAUGUUCUGUGAGGGCUUCUAUCUGCACAUCCUCCUGGUCGCCACCUUUACCUCCGAGGACAAGCUCAAAAAGUGGCUCUACCUGUGCGGCUGGGGCUUGCCGGCGGUGGUCGUCGUCCUCUACACUACCCUCAGAAUCACCGACCACGACCCUCUCGAAACCUCCGAGUGUUGGAUCCAUGAGAGCAAAUUCAACUGGGUGUUGGUGGUGCCCGUGUGUCUGUCCCUGGCCGCCAGCUUCACCUUCCUGUGCAACAUUGUGCGCGUGUUGAUCGUCAAACUGCGCGCCGGUCCGCACGUUGGCAGCGGCCCUUCUCCGUCAGCCCUGCAGGCCGUCAGGGCAACCCUGCUGCUGCUGCCGCUGCUCGGACUGCACUACCUCAUCACCCCCUUCCGUCCAGAAAGCACCACUCACCCCCUCCUGAAAACUUAUGAGGUCCUCUCGGCCGUAUUCACCUCUUUCCAGGGCCUUUGCGUGGCUUUCCUUUUCUGCUUCUGCAAUGGCGAGGUAAUCACCCAAAUCAAGCGCAAAUGGAACCUCCACGUGUCGCAGUUCAGGCCGAGGGCCAGUUCGUUCACUGCUGCUACAACAGUCACAUUUAUCCGCUCGACUGCCGCACCCUUACCUGGCGAAGAAAAAGUGUAGAUGAAAAGCUCAAAUGUCGUGAUUAGGUCAACUAACCUAUAGAAAUCUCCCUGGAGCCAGUUUUGAGCGAGGAGCUUACGAGUCGUCAAUGGAAGGGUUAUGGGCAGAAAAGAAGACUUACAAAACUACUCUUAAUUCAUCUUAAUUAAAACUGAAACUAAAGAAAAUAAUGCUCCCUUUCAUAUUGAUAGAAAUUGAUGAAAGGAAUUAAGGCAACAAAUCAAGAAAUAAAAAUUAUUUUGGAAGAUGGUAAUAAAAAUUUACAAAUUUGCCCAAAUUGCAAGGUUAAAUUCCUUUCCUUUGUAUUAUUAUUAUUACUCGCGACCAAAGUCUUUGACUAUUGUUUUAAGAAAACCGUUUAGUAUGGUGUCUAGAUUGUGUGCCACACAGCCCGGGAUCGAUUUCCGAGGCGUGAGACUUCCUCCCAAGCGAGCACUCUCUUUGUUGUGGAAAAAUUUAAGACAAUUUACAUGCAUAAUGCAUAAAUAUAAAUGUACGUAAGUAUUUUUGAUGUGAGUGCACGUGUGCGCAAAAAUACCGAGAUCGACGAGGCGCACAACAAAUUCAUGUGCUGGCCAAGUGUUGUGUUUAGAAGUCUAUUAAUUAAACACAUUUAACUGUCAUGGAUGUGUCCUCUUUCCCUUUCUACAUACCAAAAAUCAACACAGGCUGAGCCGCAGAAAUAUUGUCUGUUCAUUGUCAACUUAUACACGCAAAUGAAAUGGUAGCAAAGAGAUGGUAUAUUAUGAUUGUAUAAAAAAAAAUUAUGUAUAUAAGAGAAUUGAAAACUCUCGAAAUAAAACACUCGAAGUGAAA